GGUAUUUUUCUCUAACGGUUGAUUAUAAAAGUGGAAAAACUAGAAAUGCAUUCUCGUUCCCAGACUUAUCCACAUUCUCUUUCAGAUAUGCUCGAGGGUCUCAGGAACUAGGAGAAUGCGCUUUAACCCUCAGAUAAGUCAGAGGGCGCUCUUGCACUCGGGGCUUCAAUUUCAUGAGAUAAAACAAAUCGGUUAGUGAGUGAAGAGUGUAUAAUAAUUAACUCUGCUGACCAGGUGCCGCCAUCGAGUUCUUUUAUGAACGUAUUUGCGUAGAGGUAGCUAAACUGUAUAAAGUUAAUUAAAAAUUGCUAAUGAUUAAAAAGCGUGUUAUUAGGCUUCUCCAUCAAUGCGGCGACGUAAAGACACUCUGGCUUUUUUGUUGCCAUUUUGUUGACUUUUACUUAAUUUAGUCAAAGACAGUGUUUCCCAUGUUGUCCUAGCCAACCAAGCGGGCGGCUUCGUCGUUAAAAAUUAUUUACACUAAGAAGCUUCUCAAACAUGUUGCCACGCUUUCUUUAUUGUCACUUUCGGUAACACUCCGUCAAACCUCUAGCGAACCGUCAGUACAAAGCUCUCUCGCGUCAAUGGAGUUCUUUAAUAAUAGCAAUUCUUUCCUCGACGAAACUUUGCAAAAUGUGAGUUGUCAUACAAGUAGAAGAAACUUCGGUCACAUUGAGUACGUAGAGAAAAUCUACGUGGUAUGUAAUAUCAUCAACUCCGCCCUUGCCUUGGCUACUGCGCUGUGCAACGCGAUUAUUCUGUGGGUCAUAUGGCGCUUGCCUUCGCUACAUACUCCAUCUUUUGUCCUUCUAUUCAACCUUGCUCUGUCUGACUUCGGGGUUGGUGUCCUGGCUCUCCCCCCUUAUGUCAUCAAAAAGACCAUGGAAAUUCGACUCUUUCGACUUGAACGGUUAUCGGAUGCAUGGAAUUCAGCUCUCUCGAUAUAUUGUAAAAGUGGGUUGAUUGCAGAUAUCUUUGGCACACUCUUCGCUUCUACGUCGUACUUUUUCCUCGUGACUAUUUCUGUAGAGAGGUACCAAGCCAUAAGCCUUCACCUUCGCUAUAAUCAAGUCGUCACCAUACGUCGAACAAUGCUCAUAGCGUUUUUCGUUUGGAUUUUCGCGACUUCAAUGGUCAUAUUUCGAUUUACUCUAGAAUUAAAGAUUGUGAUAAAAGUUUACUCUCUUUUGAUCGUGACAGUCGUAAUCGUCGUUCACUGUAAUCUUAAAAUCGCCAUCACCUUACGUCGCCACACCCUGCAAAUCGCCUCGCAAGGUAUAUCAGGGAGCAUCACUGCAGUAGGACUCACAAAGUUCAAAAAGUCAAUGAUUACCUUAUGCUUAAUUUUCGGGUUAUUACUCAUCUGUUACGUUCCCUUCGCUGUAAGUGCACUCGUUUUCGCAUUUGGCAUACCCGCCGAGGUUUACAUAACCCUUAUGGCUAUUUCUACAUCUAUAGUGUAUUUGAACUCGUUCUUGAACCCUAUCGUGUAUUGCCUUCGCAUGGGAGAGAUUCGAGCGGGGGUCAGGGCUACAUUCGCAGCGGUUGGUAGCCGAUGCAGGCAACAUGUAACCGCGGUAAUGGAACUAUCCACCCGCAGAUAGCGCAGAGUGUAGAAUUUACGGUUUGGACGGAAAGUACAGGGAGAUUCCGAUAAACUCAAACUGCUAACAGAGGCUUUUUCCCUGGUGUUUCUCUAAAAAUACAAGGGAAUGACCGAGACUCCCCCUAUUUAUAUCUGCUUUUUAACUGUUUUAUUUCAACACAAGCUAUACACAUCGGCCGCUGUCGGACCAGUGUAUUGCUUUGCCAGACAUAAAUUAAAUUCAAAUACAAUAAUAAACUAUUAUUAAAUCAAUGUUAAAACUUGCAGUUGCUAGUAUCUGACUUUCAGAUAAUGCAAACAUUAUUCCAGUAUUUUUAUUCCAUAAUUUUUUAUGUAAAUAAAAGAAA